AAGAAAAUAAUUAUGAAAAAAUAAAGGAAAAAAAAAAAAAACAGAAGGGUUCUUCUUCUGUCUACCUCUUUUCCAUCGUUGAGAGAAAGAAGAAAAAAGAGGGAGGUUUGAGAGAGAAAGUCUUUUUGACUCUUCUUCUCUCUGUAUCUCUCUCUUCCUUAUUAUCUCUUUUAACUUUUUUUUUUCUGACAUUGAAUCUCCUUCCUUUCAGAUUUCACCCAAAAUAUAGAAAACCAUUUUAAUUUUCAAAACCCUUUGGGUUUUCCUCAGAUUAAUUUCUCAGUGCCCAAAAUUGUCAGAAAAAAUUGGUUUAGUUUAAUUUCGUCCUUUUUUUUAUUUUAAAACAAAUUUGUCAUCUUUGUUUAAGGUGGUCCAUUUUCUUCUUGUUGGAGAGGGUUGUUUGUAGAGAAUAUCACUUUUCUGGGAAAUUUAAGAAAGUUGAGAGCUGUUGCUGGUUUUAGAGCUGCUUUUGAUUCAUGGGAAAUUGCUGUGCUACCCCUGGUUCUCCAGUUGAGAAUAAUAAAAAGGGGAAAAACAAGAACCAGGCUAACCCAUUUUAUGGAGAUGAUUAUGCUGUCACUAAUGGAUCUGCUACUACGUUCAAGCUAAGGGUUUUGAAGGAACCUACUGGUCAUGAUAUUUCAGCUCAAUAUGAUCUAGGCCGUGAGCUGGGGCGUGGUGAAUUUGGGGUAACAUAUUUGUGUACUGAUGUGAACUCAGGUGAUAAAUUUGCUUGUAAAUCGAUAUCCAAGAAGAAGCUUAGGACCGCAGUGGAUAUCGAGGAUGUGAGAAGGGAGGUACAGAUAAUGAAGUAUUUGCCUAAGCAUCCUAAUAUCGUUACAUUGAAGGAUUCUUAUGAGGAUGAUGAUGCUGUGCACAUUGUAAUGGAAUUGUGUGAGGGAGGAGAGUUGUUUGAUAGGAUUGUUGCAAGGGGACACUACACUGAACGAGCAGCUGCAGGGGUUAUGAGGACGAUUGUCGAAGUUGUUCAGGUGUGUCAUAAACAUGGAGUCAUGCACCGUGAUCUCAAACCAGAGAAUUUUCUGUUUGCUAAUAAAAAGGAAAAUGCCCCAUUGAAGGCAAUUGAUUUUGGGUUGUCAGUCUUAUUUAAAUCUGGUGAGCGAUUCAAUGAGAUUGUGGGAAGUCCAUAUUAUAUGGCUCCAGAGGUUCUUAAACGUAAUUAUGGCCCAGAGGUUGAUGUUUGGAGUGCUGGAGUUAUCCUCUAUAUUUUACUUUGUGGUGUCCCACCAUUUUGGGCAGAGACUGAGCAGGGGGUGGCACAGGCAAUUAUUCGAUCUGUUAUUGACUUUAAGAGGGACCCCUGGCCUAAGGUUUCUGACAAUGCAAAGGACCUUGUAAAAAAAAUGCUUAAUCCUGAUCCAAAGCAGCGUCUUACUGCUCAGGGAGUGCUUGAACAUCCAUGGUUACAGAAUGCCAAGAAAGCUCCCAAUGUUCCAUUGGGUGAGACUGUGAAAGCCAGGCUCAAACAAUUUUCUGUAAUGAAUAAGCUGAAGAAGAGAGCUCUAAGGGUAAUUGCUGAGCAUUUGUCAGUGGAGGAAGUAGCAGGCAUAAAAGAGGCAUUUGAAAUGAUGGACACUGGAAAACGAGGCAAAAUAAACCUUGAGGAGCUUAAGAUGGGGCUUCAAAAGCUUGGCCAACAGAUUCCUGACGCAGAUUUGCAGAUCCUAGUGGAAGCUGCUGGUGUUGAUGGUGAUGGAACUCUGAAUUAUGGAGAGUUUGUAGCUGUUUCAGUUCACCUUAGGAAAAUGGCCAAUGAUGAGCACUUACAUAAAGCUUUUGCCUUCCUUGAUCUAAAUAAAAGUGGUUAUUUAGAGAUAGAAGAUCUGCGAGAUGCGUUAAAUGAUGAAGUUGACACCAGUAGUGAGGAAGUUAUCAAUGCCAUUAUGCAAGAUGUUGACACUGACAAGGAUGGACGCAUAACUUAUGAAGAGUUUGCUGCAAUGAUGAAGGCUGGUACUGAUUGGAGAAAAGCAUCCAGACAAUAUUCGCGGGAAAGAUUCAACAGUCUAAGCUUGAAGUUAAUGAGGGAUGGUUCAUUACAGUUAGCCAAUUGAGUAUAAGUCGAAUGGAGAAUUAGAAAAAGGAACUAAUGUUGCUGUGGAAAAAAGAGAGAAUUUCCUUGCUUUUUGCUUGGUUGAUAAAAAUUAUUGUCAAUUUCUUUUCUUUUUAUUCCCAAUAUAUUUUCACGUGGAACCUUUGAGAUAGGUAGGGUUGGCUUGAAGUGUUAUAGUGUCUUUAAAUAGCUUUGGUCAGACUGUUCUUUGUGAUGAAGUUGGAGAAGAAGAGGAAGUGUUGAGAGGGAAAUUUGAAGUAAUUGUUCAAUUUGUGGUUGUAAAUAUGUGGAUGAGGCUUUACACAACAGGUCUUUUUCGUUAGAAGUGUAUGUCUGGCAUUCAAUCUGUCUGUUCAAUAGCUUUCAUUAUGUGCUGUCAAAAGAUACAUACAACCACUUCGAGCUUUUUAGGUGGAUUACCAGAUUGAGGAAAUUAAAAUUGCCCUGCUUUCUUUUA